AGAGAUAAGUGAAUGAGUAGAAUUAGGUGUCCGUCAAAAUUAAAUUAAAAGAUUGAAGAAUUGAAGAUGGCGACCGCGUUGCCGGAAUCCGGCACAUUCUCAAGCUGCAAGCCGAUGGGUGAAUGUUGGUUUGACGACGCAUGCAUUCUUGACAUGGACUAUUUCGUGAAGACCCUUUCGGGCAUCAAAGCCAAGGGUGUCCGCCCGGAGCUCAUCGGCUCAAUAAUAACUCACUACGCUUCAAAAUGGCUCCCGGAUCUAACCGGCGGCGGCAGCGAGGAGAGCAUCGGCCACCUAAUUAUUAAGUUUGAAGAGUCGGAGUCGUCGUCGACGUCAGUAGCAGAAAGCGUGACGGCAUCGUGGAUGAAGAAAAGGUUUUUGGUGGAGACUCUAAUCGGCAUUCUCCCGCCGGAGAAAGAUUCCAUCCCUUGUAACUUCCUGUUGAGGCUACUACGUAUCGGUAACAUGGUGGGAGUGGAGGCGGCAUACCGAGCGGAGCUGGAGAAGCGGAUUUCGUGGCAGCUGGAGCAGGCAACGCUAAGAGACCUAAUGAUACCGUCGUUUAGCCACACGUGCGGGACAGUGCUGGACGUCGAGCUUGUUCUCAGGCUGGUUAAGAGAUUUGUGACGACCAUAGAAGAUCAGGCGGCGGCGGCCAGAUGUAGUGGACCAACAUCUCUAAAUCUAAAUCUAAUCAAGGUGGCUAAGCUUGUGGAUAAUUACCUUGCGGAAGCCGCCGUUGACUCCAAUUUGACCAUGUCUCACUUUAUUGCACUUGCUGCGGCCAUCCCAGCCCAUGCUCGACCUACGGAUGAUGCUCUGUAUCGAUCAAUUGAUACCUACCUCAAAGCUCAUCCAGGAGUGUCCAAGGAGGAAAGAAAGGGGGUGUGCAAAUUAAUUGAUAGCCGAAAGCUUUCAGCAGAGGCAUCCAUCCACGCAGCUCAAAACGAGCGUUUGCCGGUGCGAGCCGUAAUCCAAGUCCUUCUGUCGGAACAAACCAAGCUGAGCAAGCAGCUGAUGCGGCAGCUGGACUGGAGCGGAUCCUUCAUCAGCGCUGGCGCUAGCGCUAGCGGGGGGGCACGAAGCCCAAAUAACCCCCCGCUGCAGCAGGAUCCGCGCUGCAUGUCAAAGCGGGAUAUGAAUACAAUUAACAUUCAACACCUGGAAAUCAAGAAGCUCAAGGACGAGGUUCUGAGGCUGCAAACUCAGUGCAUCAACAUGCACGCACAAAUUGAGAAGCUACUUGAGAGCAGCAGGAAAAGAGGUUAUGGUUUCUUUAGCAGCUGGAAGAAAAUUGGACAGCUUAACAAGGGGAUAAUAAUUACUACUAGUAGUAGUAAGUUGGGAUCCGAAGUUGAUCAGGCAGAAGGCGGCGGGGAGAAUAUUGCAAUUGGCGGCUUCGGGAGACAAACUCCCAUGCCCAUGGAUACCAAGGCUAGGCUUGUACGGGGUAGGACUUCCACCAAGUGGAGGAAAUCUUUGUCUUAAUUACAUACCUCACCUACUUAGCUUACUACUAUAAAUCCCAACAAUACUUUUUUUUUUUUUUUAAACAUUUAACGCACCAAAUCAUAUAUUAGUUUCACCCAGUAUUAUUGUAUGUAUUGGUAUUUCCAGUGUAUACCUUGGCUUGUCUACGUGCUAGUCAUUAUUUUAUACAUUUAAAACACAACAACAAAAUUAAAUGCU